AUGUUUACCGGCAUUGUCGAGACAAUAGGCACCGUCUCCCAUCUCGUCAAGCACGAUGAAUCAUCAAGUGGCGGAGGAGGCACUUCCUUGACAAUAUCGAACUGCUCUGAGAUACUCAGCGACGCACAUCUGGGCGACAGUAUCAGCAUCAAUGGAACAUGCUUGACUGUUACCGAGUUCAAUAAGGAUGAGUUCAAGGUCGGUGUUGCGCCAGAGACGCUUCGAAGAACGAAUCUGGGAUCGUUGAAGGAGGCUAGUGGGGUCAAUCUUGAGAGGGCUGUAAGAGCUGAUACGCGGAUGGGAGGACAUUUCGUUCAGGGGCAUGUCGAUACUAUUGCUACGAUCGCCAAGACGACUCAGGAUGGGAAUGCCAUCACCUUCCGAUUCCAGCCGCGAGACAAGAGUGUGCUUCAUUAUAUUGUUGAGAAGGGAUAUGUGACACUUGAUGGAGCAUCACUGACUAUUACGGCUGUCCAUGACGAGGAGGGUUGGUGGGAGGUUAUGCUCAUUGCCUAUACGCAGGAGAAGGUUGUCAUGGGCAAGAAGAAGGAGGGUGAGAAUGUGAAUGUAGAGGUUGAUCAGAUCGGCAAGUACGUGGAGAAGAGCGUGGCGUCGUACUUUGAGGGUGCUAGUGGUAGUGGCGGUGCUAUGUUGGAAAAGAUGGUGCAGAGGAUUGUGGACGCCAGGAUGAAGGGAUAG